ACCUUGACUACCUGCACAGGUCCUGAUCAUGGUGAUGGGGGUGUCUCCUCCUCACUAAAACUCAUCACCAGGGAUCCCUCAUUAUUAUUACAGACUCAGUCAGACAGCUCCAGAGACACCGCCUCGCUCUGACUCUGGUAGCCGCACCAUGUACACCGGGACGCGGACAGAGAACCGAGGAGACUCGGGGGUUCUGGAUGCUGCAGCUCUGAGGCAGCAGAGGAGGCUGAAACAGGCCAUCCAGUUCCUCCAUCAGGACUCAGCUGACCUGCUGCCUCUGGAUGGACUGAAGAAGCUCGGGACCUCCAAACAGGGGCAGCCGCAUCAUAUUCUGCAGAAGCGCUGGCUGGAGGCCAAGGUGUCCCGGGGAAGGAUGAACAUGUGUGGAGUCACACCGAACAACGGAGGCGUCCUUCUGAGAAGUACUCAUUUCAAUUCACAUGAAGAUGAAGAAGAAGAAGAGGAGGAAGAUUUCAUCUAUGUGCCCUGCAAGUGUUUAGGACGGGAGGUGAAUGUGCUGAUUGACACCGGCUGCAAACUGAACCUGAUGUCUUCACUAACUGUGGAGCGAUCAGGUUUGAAGGAUCUGGUUGAGGAGAACAAAAUGGAGACGGAUGGUUUUCCAUUUCAGAGGAAGCUCUGCAUCGAUGGACACAUCAGAGAACUUAGCCUGACCAUCGGGCAGCUCAGAGUAAUGUGCUCCUUUGCCAUAGUAGAAAGUAACAGACCACUGAUGUCCCUGGGCAACAAGACAUUAAAGUCACUCAAGUGUGUAAUUGACACUGAGAAGCAGAUGUUGGUGUUUGGGACUACCGUGAGGGAACAACUUCAGUUUGCCAAAAAGCCAUUCAAUGAAAGAUCUUCUGUCUUCAGAAUGCUGUAACAACAACAACAACAACAACACACAGUGACCAAAAGCAAUACAAAUAUUUACUCUUAAAACUAGAGGCCUCGUUGGGGAACUUCAGAUUUCUCACCUCAUUAAUUCUCACUUUCUCUCUGCCUGUGUGUUUGCUGCAUCCAUGAGUCAGAUAAUCCGCUCUGACUUCACGCAUCUUUACAGAAAGGCAGCGGUUUACACAGCAGCUGCUCCCACAAACAGCUCCUCGCUGCAUGAAUAGCAUUCUUAGAUGAUCAUGUUUUAGCGGUCACUGCAGUAGAGCGUAUUGUGCAGCUAGAAAACAAAUGAUUUACAGAACUUGUAGCGCUGUAGACUUUAAGAUUCUGAUAGAAUUGUGAUUUAUAGCUCUUGUAUCUCAUAAAUUAAGCAUCAUUCUGCCAGACAUACAGUAGUAUUAUAGCUGGAAAUCAAUCCAGGAGAACAAAGGUUGGUAUUUCCUGUCAAGUGUAGCUGAUAAACUUAGCACAAUCUAUUGCAUACGACUGUUUAUCUACUGUAUUUUAUAAAUGUAUUUUCUAGUCCAGAAAGGUGUAUUUGCAUUGAGGUCACUGCCUUUUAAUGUUUACAAAAUUAUACUGACACUUGUGAUUUGUUUUAUCACACGACUGUAGCAAAGUGCAGCACUGAAUAUCAAAUAAAAUCACAAAUGAUCUGA